AUGAUCCCAGAUGAUGAGGACAAUCCAUUUGAUGUGGUCCACCUGGACUUCAGCAAGGCCUUUGGUAUUGAACGAAACGGCCUGGAUUUCACUCGACAGAUCAAAACUGAAGACCAGAGUGACUCUUCUGCACAGGUAUCAGCAGAGGCAGCUCAUCUUCACAGCUGUGAGGUUCCUCCCAUUGUGUCAGGCAGUUCGAUGUCAGUGGACCUGCAACCACUUCACACGCUGCAGCAACUUGUGGUGGUACCUGGACAUCACUUGCAGACAGCAGCAACAUUUCUCCUCCCUCAGACACAGCAAAGCCAACAAGGUUCGCUGCAAUCUGCAAACCUGUUGCCAUUGUCCUCACAAUCACAGAGUGGCCUCCUGCCACCACAGCCUGGCGUGGGGAUCACUCCACAGGCAGUCAUUCGGCCAGGUCUAGUGGGCUCAGCUUUGGAGUCUCAUUUGGAAACUCUUCCAAAACACAUUGCCCCAAAACAUAUUACAUCUAUCCAGACAGAUGAACCCAGCGACCUGGAGGAGCUCGAACAAUUUGCAAAGACAUUUAAGCAAAGGCGGAUUAAACUGGGGUUCACACAGGGUGAUGUUGGAUUAGCAAUGGGAAAGCUCUAUGGAAAUGAUUUUAGUCAAACAACCAUUUCACGGUUUGAGGCUUUGAACCUGAGCUUCAAGAACAUGUGUAAACUCAAACCAUUGUUGGAGAAGUGGCUGAGUGAUGCAGAAAACGUUCCUUCUGAUUCCACACUGAACAGCCUGCCAUCUCUCCCCACACAACUGAUCGGGUUGGAGGGCCUUGGUCGUAAAAGGAAGAAGCGGACAAGCAUUGAGACUAAUAUUCGAGUAACACUGGAGAAGCGUUUUCGUGAGAACUCUAAGCCCAGCUCUGAGGAAAUUGUGAUGAUUGCAGAGCAGUUAUCAAUGGAGAAGGAAGUUGUUCGUGUCUGGUUCUGUAACCGACGCCAGAAAGAGAAGAGGAUUAACUAUCCAGCUACUCCAGCCAUCAAACCUCCAAUGUAUAGCUCACGGCUGGUUUCUGCAUCAGGAUCCAUCGACCCUCUGAUUGUGACACAGGUGCAUAACAGUCUGAGUGCAACAGCAGUUUCUUCUAGUUUAUCCAGCAGACCAUCAUCACCAGUUACCACAUCCACUGGGAAUGUCCACACCUCACUGAGCAGUCAGACUGGGCUCAGCACCACUCCAAGCUCCCGUUUCUGGUGGAAUGGUACCUCGUUCUUGCACUGAGGAUUGAACAUUCUGACUCCAUCUCAUCAGGACCUUUUUUUUUCUUC